UGCUACGCGCUACAACCGUGCGUAACUUUGUGCAACGCGACUUUAAAAAUAAAGUAACUGGACUACCAACUUGAUUAAAAAUCACCAAUGGUAUGAAUGUUUUUUAAUAUGUGUUUAAUAAAAUAUUUUGUGACAUUAAGGUAAAAUAGUGACUAAAUAGUGCACAACGGUAACCUACUUUAUUUGCUACGGCAUAACACGGAGGUGCUCCGUAGCCAUUAAGGCGAUGUGGUUUCGCCAUGGGCCGAGGUGGUAGUGCAAUGGAGAUGUCAGCAUCUUUGCUGGUGCUGCUUCACCUAUCGAUGAACGUCGUGGACGAGGGUUAUGCAGUCAAUCCAAGCUGCACCUGUAUCCGCUUCACGUCGACGCUGGGCAAGGAGCGCGGCACGUUCAGCAGCCCCGACUACCCGCGCGCCUACCCGCCGCGCCUCGACUGCGUGCUCUACACCUUCCUCGCCGCGCCGCACGAGAUCGUCGAGCUCGUCUUCACCGACUUCGAUGUCUACAAGGAACAUCUCGAUUGCGUCCGAGGCGACUACCUGAAGGUAUACUGGGAGGUGCAAGGUCCUGGGCCGCCCGGCGGCGUGAGCGAGCGCUCGGCGUGGGCGCGCGCGCUGUGCGGCGGGCGCGCCGACGCGCCGCCGGCGUUGUACUCCCCCGGUCCGGCGCUAGUGCUCGAGUUCCACACUGGUCCUAAGCAGAACAACGCUACAGGGUUUAUUGGGACGUACAGCUUUAUUGAUAAGCGUCUAUUCGAGACAGAUGGCGUGCACCUCCCGGGCACGGAAUGCGACUACCACUUCGGUCGGUCGGGCAGUCGGCCGACGCACGGCCGUCUGUACAGCCCCCGCUACCCGUCCAUUUACCCCAACAAUGUGCGGUGUUCCUACCACUUCGGCGGCAGGCCAAAAGAACGUGUGAAAGUGGUUUUCGAAGAAGUUUCUCUUCAAAAAGGUGACAUAAGUUGUCUCCGGCGAGCAGACAUCAUCAAGAUCUUCGAUGGCAAGGAUACCACUGCUCCUGCCAUUGCAAUGCUGUGUAACGAACUAACAGGUUACGAGGUGCUCUCAACUGGUCCGUCGCUGCUGCUGCAGUUCACAGCGAACUCCGCCACUCCGGGCCAGGGCUUUGCUGCCACCUUCCAUUUUCAACCGCCACCUGACUCCACGGCAGCCGAUUCAGAUCGUUUGCUGAAAUUAAGUUUCGGCAAGGUGUUCGAGUCUCUAGGGCCUGAAGUCAGCGCAACAACUUCAUCCUGCCAUCAAGAGUUCAGCAGCGAUGUCACGAAGCAUGGCACCUUCACUUCUCCUCACUACCCGUCUCCAUACCCUCCAAAUACUCAUUGCCAUUAUGAGUUUUUUGGACGUGGAAAGGAGCGCGUUAGAUUAAUAUUUCAAGAUUUUUAUUUGCAUAAGUCUGCUGACGGUUCUUUAGACUGUACGAACAUGGAUUCCUUACAAGCCUUCGUCUACGUUGAUGGGCGCCUGGAGAAAGUGGAGACAUUUUGUGGGACAGAUCUGCCCACGCCUAUUAUGUCUAAUGGACCAAAACUUAUGUUGGAGUUCAGGGGGACUCACUCUUCUAGAUAUUCAAGAGGAUUUAAGAUUUCCUAUUCAUUUGUAGAAAAUUUCGGUAUAAGUACAGGAAGACAGUUGCAGGAAUUCCCCUGCGCCUUCGUAUACAACAGCAGCGAGUCACGCAAUGGCACGUUUGCCUCGCCCAAUUCGCCAGGCCCGUAUCCUCGAGACACAGAGUGUACUUACUUUUUCCAUGGCGGAGACACAGAAAAGGUGCAUCUACAUUUCACGAACUUUGAUGUUGAGGGAGUGCUCCCAUGUGAAGCAGUAUCAGCGAGCGACUAUGUUGAGUUUUCGAACCAAAUGACUGAAGACAAUAGAUAUGGUAGAUAUUGUGGACAGAUGAAAGAAUUCCACGUAGAGUCAGAGAGGAAUUUCUUCAAAGUAACGUUCCGAUCGAAUGACAGGCUAGACGGUGCUGGGUUUAAGGCCAUCUAUCAAUUUUUAGAGAUCACUGAUGAAUAUCGAGCCCCAAUAUACGACACUGCAUCGGAUUCUAUGCGUGUUUCGUGUCAUCUUCUGCUGCUGAUAGCCGCUGCAAUAUCACAUCUCCGCCACCAUAAUAUAUAUCAUUAAAAAAAGUGAUAUUAGAUUAAUUCUUCCUAGUCUGUAAUCCUGUAUAUUUUGUAUGAUAGUAUGUGCCAUACAAAUGUAAAUUACCGUAGAAGGGCAAUAUUUUCUAUUCCAUUCUAUUUUAAGUUCAUAUAUCCUGUCCUAAUGAAGCAAUAAGAAUACAUCUACACCGUCAAAUAUUCACAAUGGCACGUCAUAACACGAAUAAAUACAUUAAAAAAAUUAAA